AAUUUUAAUUGAAUUUAAAACCGAGUUAAAAGCGAUGAAUCUAUUUUGGGCUCCGUCCCCUCCCUCCCUUUUCUCUCCUCCCCCCUUUCCUUUCCAUUUCUCCUCUUCAUCUCCAUAAAAAUUUAAGAGGCGCGAUAUUAAAAAAGGGAAAAAAGGGAAAUUUUCAAAGAAAAGGGAGGGGAAAAAAAUCCUUUUUUUUAGAAGAAAUGUUUCCUAAGGAUUGGACUCCCCCUUGUGGAAGCUGCUGCACCAAGAAAUAUGCCACAUUGAUGCAGAUUCCAUGGAGAGUUUUCUGCAAGAAAGGAUGCAAUGCUGAUGGGGACACUAUGGAGGAUUGUAUUGGAGAAUGUGAAGAGAUAUGUUAUAAGGACCCAGUCUUCAAGGAUCAGCAGUGGAGCGCUUACAUAGAUAGGUCUCCAGGGGAUACCAAUUAUUCUUUGGAGUGUUUUCAUGCUUGUGUUUCUGGCUGCGGUUUCAAGUUUGAAGUUCCGCCAGAAAAAACUGAGCAGGUUCAACCGAACAGGCCACCCCCACCAGUUGUGACUAAAUCUUCUCCAAAAUUGCAUCCUAAUCAAACUCCAUCCACUGAAGAUUUACCUGCGGAUGCGGCCCACGACUGCAAACAAGAGAGUCAAUGACAACCCUAUAAAUACCCUAAGGUUGUCUAGGGUUUCGAGUGUGCAAUUGAGGGCGUGCAGGGAGUCUUUUGGCGGCUGCAGAAGCAAAGUGCAAGGGGUGUUUGCGGCUGUGCUUGGGCGCGCAAGGAAAGGACGACAUAGAGAAAAAUUAGAGAAAAAACGGCGACAGUGCGUGUGCAAGGCAGAGGUGCGAAAGCUGCUGUCUUUUUUUGAGAAGAAACGUAGAGGAGUUGCCGGCUUUUGAGAGGGUUUUGUCAUCCUUUGAGAGAGUAUUUGUGUGAGGGAUCUGAGAGUUCGUGAGAGGGUUUAGGUUGUGAGAUUGUAAACC